AUGAUGUCGCUUUUCUGCCGCAAGAUUUCCGGCGAUAAUCUUGGACGUGGUAGCACUGGACCCGUGAGGCAGUCGGAGAUGGAAGUUGUGAGCUCGGACGACGAGGAGAGGCCAACGGGCUUGCAAAGCACAUCCUGCCCAUCUCAUGAGGCAGUCAAAGACGAGGUGAAGAUGGAAGACGUCAAGAUGGAAGAUGCAGUCAAGGAGGAGCUUGCUGAGAUGAAGAUGAGGGUUCAGAUCUUGGCAGACGACAGCGACACGGAUGCCGACGAUUGUCCGAAGACGCCUCCCGUUCGCCCGCGCCGCCACCAGGAGGUCUUGAGUGCAGAGAAGGAAGCAGGACCCUGCAAAGCGCCAACUUCCGGCUUGGAGGAAAAAGAAAAGGCCAAGAGCCUGGACCUUGAGUGA